GCCAUGUUUGUGGAUGCUGUGUGCAUUGCUUGCAUGCAUUCAAUGCGCCCGUGGGUCGGGAGGCGAUGCGAAGGCGCCUAUUUCCUUAUUGACACAGGUACAGUCAGUACAGUUGCAUGUGUCCUGGAUGGCGGCCUGCUAUCGUGUGUGAGCCAUCAGGUGGACGGCUCCCUCACGAAGCUGGUACAAAGCUUAACAAAUGAGGGGCGCAACCACGCGAAAUCGGCGGGUGACCUCUAACAAUGGUACAGAACGCAACGAGUGGCAGUGCGUGGAAGCUCAGGUCUCUCAACCCCCUGGAUGUGUCUACAGGUGCCAGCGGCGGCAGGCCGCACUCCAAGCCAAGAUCCAGCAGCACGCCCACACUCUCGCGGCCCUCAACAAAACCCUCAUUCUCCGCUCGGCAGCUGUCGACAACGCCGCGGAAGCCGCGGCUGGUAUCCGCGAACAAAUGGCGGCAUUGAAUGCUCGACUUCGUAAUCUGACGGCCACGCAAGCGGCUUUAUUGCAAGCCCACGAUGCAGACGCCUUCAAGGUGCACCGGCAGAUGGACGAGAUCGCUCGGGCGGCGGAGCUUUCCGCUGGAAGGAUCCUGAAGACCAAUGCCUCACGCCACAUCACUGCGGAAGACCCUCUCCAUAUCGUGGCGCUGAGCAGGCUUGAGGAUAAAAAGCUGGCGGCCUUGAAGUUGACGCUCGACAAAAGCCUUAACGACUCUCAGGCCGAGCUCAACGCAACCAUGAGCCUCCAGCAUAUGACCCUUCACGAGCUGCAGAUGAACCUGACACGGCUCAAUGCAAAGCUGGAGGUGGAAGCCAAGAUGCUCGCUUCGAAGAAGCAGCUGGCGGCUGUCAUGGAGCACCAAUUUAUCUGGACAAAGCGGGUGAUGGACGUCGAAAAGACUCUCUUGGAGCGCAUCAAACAGAGCUGCGACUUCAUCACCGGUGCAGGGAUGGCCCUGGCUGCACAGCGAAAAGAGGAGAUCGAUCAACUCCGCAGAAUCAAGCGGGCGAUUGCAGACGAUAUGACAGAGAUGAAGCCUCGGCCGGCGACGGUCAGCCUACUGCAGAUCCAGCUGCACAUCGAGGCCGCCAGCAAGAGCACAAGCAGCACAGCGCCUGACCACCUGACGCUCGCCAAGGCCACUCUAGAAAAGCUGAUACAGAGACGCGUGUCUGAUAUCGGGAACGCUCAGGCUGCGACGGAUGAGAGGGCGGCUUCCUGUUGGAAGGAGCGUGAGCGGUAUUUGGAGGAGGCUACGCUGCUGCAGAGGGAGAUGGCUCAUCUAAAGGAUCAGCUGAUAGAGGAAACAGCCGACUUGAGAACCCUGAGGGCCGCCCUUGUCACCACCGAACAAGACCAACACGAAUUGGAAAAAGAAGCCAAAGUGGACCGCAGCCACUUCUCUGGUGCCCUGUCUCGGCUCUCUCACGUGCAGAAACACCACCAGCUAGCCGCCGGGGUCCUCCAACAAAUGGCCAAGUAUGUCUCCAGGUCCGCAUCUCUCACGGCCACUCGCCUCGACAAGAAAGCCGCCGCCUCCACUGCUCUCCGCACUCAUGCCGAGGCGCGACAAAGAGCCCUCAUGACGAAAGCAAAGGCCACAACUGCGCUCAUCAAGUCGUCCAUUUCGGCGGUCGAUGCGUCGACAUCCUCACUCGAGGCAUCACUUGAGACGGCAGGGAGGCUCUUGGAUGAGGUCUAUGCUGCCGGCCAUUCUGUAGUGUCUGAGCAGCGACGCAUGGCUGGCCAUUUGAGGGAUGCUAUCGGGGCUCAGAAGCUUGUCAUCGAAGCGACCAAGGCGGCCAUCUUGGACCGAAGCGGCCAGCUGGAGGAGUGGAAACAUACAUCGGCGGCCACUGAGGCAGACUGCAGCGAUGCUGGCGAAGAGAAGGCAGCGAGCACUUCCCUGGCCACUCAGGAGACACAGCGACUGCGGCACGUGCUGGACAUUCUCUCCGGCAAAGCAGCCACUGAUGAAGCAAGCACUCAAACAAAAAGGCCACCUUCUUCGGGGAAGGCAAAGACGUCACCCACCACGCCGCAGCAAGGUGAUAGCACUUCUCCGGCACUGGCUGUCGACUCUGUUGACGACGCUCUUGCUGCCGCCGCUAGGGAGAUGGAUGUCUAUUAAGGGACAAACACGGAGAGAGUGUGUGGCGUGUGAUCGCAGACAGACAUGAAGACGAGAACGAGCGAGUGACGACGAUGCAGGUGUGGUGUGGUAGUGAUGUCAAUGUCGGUUCUCUGCACAACUGACUGAUUCUCUCAGACUCUUGCGCGUCCGUGACGCAUUGCAUUCACACACAUAGAU